GGAGAGCGAGCGACUGCAGUUUGAGUUGUGCGCUGCGCUCUCCGCCAGCCAGAGGUGUGUUCUCGGCUCCACACUCUGUAUCUCUGGGUAUGCAGCCCCCCGCCAUGCAAGCCAGCCAGAGUGCCAUGUCCAACAGCUGUGUUGGCUGAGGGUCACCGCUCGUCUGAAGGGGAAGUUGGCUUCUCGCUUUGAGGAGGACAGAAGACACAAGAAGAAGACUGACCAGUUGCAGAGAGAGAGGGGGAGAUAACUGAAAGCCCCCCCCCCCCCCUCUCGCCCUCACUAAACAGAGCAAAAACGGAAGGCUUUGGAGUAUUCAAUUUUUUCUUUCGUUUUAUAUUUUUCUUAUUCCUCAUCGCGGUGCUGGGAGGUGCUUCAUCUUUUCAUAUAGUCUCUCUCUCCAUCAUUUGCCUCCUCAUCUACUUCUCCAUCUACCUCAUGUAUAAUUUCCUCUGUUUAUGAGUGAGAGAAAAGAGAAAGGAGGGAGUUUUGUUUUGUUUUUUUUGUCCUUUCUUUCCCCCCCUCUCACCACAUCAUCACCGGUCAGUCCCUCCUUGCCAUCUAAUCUCUCCUGUUGCCAUCGGUUCCCUCAUCCUACGUCUCUUUCUGUCUCUAAACUCGAAUAUUAUAUGAACUUGGAUGACUUUUCUUCAAAGAUAACUAAAAACAACUCCUCAUAAAUGACUCUAUUUUUUCCCCUUUUCUUUUUCUUUUGGUCCCUCCACACCCAUUUUCUUUGCAUCACACUCUUGCGGGAUUCUUAAUUUUUUUACUCUAGCGCAGCGCGGUGCGGCAAACUGAUGAUCAUGACUGGCUAGAGCGGGCGACGGCACAGAGUUAAAGAAAGCCAAACCAGAAGGAAGGAAGGGAGGGAGGAGGAAAUAAGAAGAGGAGUACACGCACACACACACACACAUACUGCUCUGCUCACCUCCUCAUCUCCACGGCAACCGGGUUCACACGCUCGGAGACGUUUGCUUGGAGACCUCGGCGAGCUGCAUCACCAGCGCUGGACGAGAGAAGGGAGAGGAAGCGGAUGGAAAGAGGCGCGUGAACAAAUGUCCCUUCAUUACUCUCCAUCCAUUAUCUUUAAGUUUCUUUUAUUGAGCUUACACUGACAUUUAUUAGUUGAAAGUCAACUUUAAAUCCUUUAAAAAUCUGAUUGAAAAUCAUAUUUGAACCUGCUCGGAUCUGAUUCUUCUGCAGAUUAGUCCUUUUUUUUUUUUUUGCUCCCUCCAUGUAAAACCAGUGUUUCAAAGCAAUUCACUGCACCGCCUUUAUGUUAACACUGAAAUUAUUUAACAGAUUUAUAUUAUAUGCUUAACUCUAGCACAUCCCCACACUGAUAGCGCCCCUGCCACUGCUCACCUCCACCCUCCUCCGCCCCUCACCCUGCAAGACCCCACUCCAGUCUUCUGUGUGACUUCAUCUGUCUACUAUCCCUUCAUCUGAGGCUAUGAGAGGAGGAGUCGAAUCCCAGAUCACAACAUCAUGCCAGUUCUGAAGAGUAGAGAGGAGAUCCGGGCUGGCAAUGUUCAAGGGACGGCAUUUACACUCCUUCACAAUGCUUGUCAGCCUCCACUCUUCUCCCUCCCGUCUUCAGGACAAGCGCUUUGUCUCCCCUCCCUCCUCCCCCCUUCAUCCUCCUCCUCCCCCUCAGGACAUCUCUCUGGAUCCUCCUUACCCUCAGCCUCGGCUAACCCUUCCCUUCCUCUCCCUGUCCAUCUCGCUCCUCCUCCUCUCCGUGCUCCUCCUGCCUGUCUGCGAGUCUCGCAGAGGUGGAGGUCCAGGCACAGGGCCCGGAGGUGCCCCAGGGGGACAAGGUGGACAGAGGGGAGGCGGCACCCAAAGGGGUGUUGUCAUCCCCCCGCAGUACUCCCCCGGCUCACCAGCUCUCCCCCCAAUCAAUCCCAAACUGAUCAAUUCACUCAGCAUUGCUGUCAUCCUGGUGGGCAACUCUAGUGAAGUAGCCAUGGGGGCUGGACUUGAGAAAGAGGACUUCCUCCACAUCCCUUACCCUCCCAAGGUCGAGGUGGUCACCAUGAACGAGACCGACCCCAAGAGCAUCAUCAACCGGAUCUGCGGACAAAUGACAAGGAACUCGCUGCAAGGCGUAGUGUUUGGUGAUGACACGGACCAGGAAGCUAUUGCUCAGAUCCUGGACUUCAUCUCAGCCCAGACACACAUCCCCAUCCUGGGCAUCAGGGGAGGGUCCUCCAUGGUCAUGGCAGCCAAGGACGACCACUCCAUGUUUUUCCAGUUUGGACCGUCCAUCGAGCAGCAGGCCUCUGUCAUGUUGAACAUCAUGGAGGAGUAUGAUUGGUACAUAUUCUCCAUCGUCACCACCUACUACCCUGGAUACCAGGACUUUGUCAACAAGGUUCGCAGCACCAUCGACAACAGCUUCGUGGGCUGGGAGCUUGAAGAGGUCCUCCUGCUGGACAUGUCCGUGGACGACGGAGACUCCAAGAUCCAGAACCAGCUGAAGAAACUGCAGAGUCCCGUCAUUCUGCUGUACUGCACAAAGGAGGAGGCGGCCACUAUCUUCGAAGUGGCCCAUUCUGUCGGCCUCACUGGUUACGGCUACACCUGGAUCGUGCCCUCGCUGGUGGCCGGAGAUGCAGACCAUGUUCCCGAUGUCUUCCCUACAGGGCUCAUCUCAGUGUCAUAUGACGAAUGGGACUACAACAUCGAGGCCAGGGUACGCGAUGCAGUGGCUGUUAUUGCCACGGCGACCUCUACCAUGAUGCUGGACCGGGGGCCACACACCUUGAUAAAGUCAAGCUGCCUUGGGACACCUGACAAGAAGAGCUCCAGCACCGGCCACUCCAAGGAAAUACUGAAGUACCUCAUGAAUGUCACAUUUGAAGGCCGGAACCUGUCAUUCAGCGAAGAGGGUCACCAGAUGUUCCCUAAACUGGUCAUCAUUCUUCUCGACAAGGACAGACAAUGGGACAGGGUCGGCAAGUGGGAGAGAGGCUCUUUGACGAUGAGGUUUCACGUGUGGCCUCGCUUUGAGCUGUACUCUGCGGCGGAGGAGCGGGAGGACCACCUGUCCAUCGUGACUCUAGAGGAGGCGCCGUUUGUCAUUGUUGAGGACGUCGACCCGCUCAGUGGGACCUGCAUGAGGAACACUGUGCCGUGCCGCAAACAGCUCAAACUCAGCAACCAGACAGGUGAUUCAGGGAUUUAUAUCAAGCGCUGCUGCAAAGGCUUCUGCAUUGACAUCCUGAAGAAGAUCGCCAAGGCGGUGAAGUUCACAUACGACCUCUACCUGGUCACCAACGGCAAACACGGCAAGAAGAUCAAUGGGACAUGGAAUGGCUUGGUGGGGGAGGUGGUGUUGAAGAAUGCCCACAUGGCAGUGGGUUCACUCACCAUCAACGAGGAGAGGUCGGAGGUCAUCGACUUCUCCGUGCCGUUCAUUGAGACGGGGAUCAGUGUCAUGGUCUCCCGUAGCAACGGCACCGUCUCUCCCUCCGCCUUUCUUGAGCCCUUCAGUGCUGAUGUCUGGGUGAUGAUGUUUGUGAUGUUGCUGAUGGUGUCAGCUGUGUCUGUGUUUGUGUUUGAGUACUUCAGCCCGGUGGGUUACAAUCGCUGUCUGGCAGAUGGACGAGAGCCUGGAGGUCCCUCCUUCACCAUUGGCAAGGCCGUUUGGCUGCUUUGGGGUCUGGUUUUCAACAACUCCGUCCCCGUGCAGAAUCCUAAAGGCACCACCAGUAAGAUCAUGGUGUCAGUGUGGGCCUUCUUCGCUGUCAUUUUCCUGGCCUCCUACACUGCCAACCUGGCCGCCUUCAUGAUCCAGGAGGAGUAUGUCGACCAGGUGUCGGGCCUGUCAGACAAAAAGUUCCAGAAGCCGAAUGAAUUCUCGCCGCCAUUCCGGUUCGGCACGGUGCCCAAUGGGAGUACAGAGCGCAACAUCCGCAACAACUACCGAGACAUGCAUACCUACAUGACGAGUUUCCACCAGAAGAACGUAGACGAGGCACUGUACAGUCUGAAGAGCGGCAAACUGGAUGCCUUCAUCUACGACGCCGCAGUGCUGAACUACAUGGCGGGCAGAGACGAGGGCUGUAAGCUGGUCACCAUUGGGAGCGGCAAGGUGUUCGCCUCCACUGGCUACGGCAUCGCCAUCCAGAAGGAUUCAGGCUGGAAGCGAGCUGUGGAUCUUGCCAUUCUCAUGCUGUUUGGAGAUGGUGAUAUGGAGGAGUUUGAGGCUCUAUGGCUGACGGGCAUCUGCCACAAUGAAAAGAACGAGGUGAUGAGCAGCCAGCUGGACGUGGACAACAUGGCAGGGGUCUUCUACAUGCUCGGGGCCGCCAUGAUCCUGUCGCUCAUCACCUUCAUCAGUGAACAUUUGUUCUACUGGCAGCUGCGCUUCUGCUUCAUGGGCGUGUGCUCCGGGAAGCCCGGGGUCACCUUCUCCAUUAGCAGAGGUAUCUACAGCUGCAUCCAUGGGGUACAAAUCGAGGAAAACAAGUCGACCAUCGACUCACCUUCGGCCACCAUGAAGAAGAACAUGAACAACACCCAUUCCAACAUCCUGCGGUUGCUCCGCACCGCUAAGGACAUGACCGCUGUCCCAGGCAUUAACGGCUCUCCACACGCUGCCCUGGAGUACAGCCACAGUGCUCGUGAGUCAACUAUCUAUGAUAUCCAGGAGCACCGGCGCAGCCUGGUGGGUCACCCUGUGGACUGUAAGUCAGCACCGGCUUACCUGCCCGAGGACAACUUGUUCAGUGACUACAUCAGCGAGGUGGAGAGGACUUUUGGCAACUUGCCCCUGAAGGACAGCAACCUGUACCAGGACCAUUACCUGCACCACCACCCGGCCUCGGCUCUGGGUAUGUCCGGCCCCCCGCCUAAUAGGCCGCGCAGUUUAGGCAGUGCUAGCUCAUUGGAAGGGGGCAUGUUUGAUUGCGACAGUUUAGGGGGUGGGGUGGCACCCAUAUUUACCACCCAGCCCCGGCCCUCCAUGACUCACAGGAAUACCAAUAAAUUUGACCUGAUCGCUGGCCACACCCCUGCGGAUUCCAACCAGGGUGGGUUCAAGGGAAGCAAUGUGUAUGGCAGGUUUUCUUUCAAAGGAGGCGCAUCCAGCACGGGGCUCAUCGGGGGUCAUGACAGGUACUGUGGUGGGGGUGGGGGAGGCUCAGGGGGUGACGAUGGGAACAUUCGAUCUGACGUAUCGGAUAUCUCCACCCACACAGUUACCUAUGGCAACCUGGAGGGCAACACCAAGCGGCGUAAGCAGUACAGGGACAGCCUGAAAAAAAGGCCAGCCUCGGCCAAGUGCAGACGGGAGCAGGACGAGAUAGAGCUGAGCGGCUUCAGGAGGAGACCCCACCACCACACCGUCCACCACCACUUCCCCCACGGGCCCCUGGCACACCGCACGGUCUCACCUCCCCUGGAGCGGAAGAGGGGAGGAGGAGGGGGUAAUUCUUCACCCUACUUUUUCCGCAAAGACAAAGAGAACCUGAGGGAUUUCUAUGCGGACCAGUUUCGCUCCAAGGAGGGCAAGGCCAAUUGGGAGCAAGAGGGUGGAAGUGGAGGAAGCGGUGUAGGCGGUGGUAGUGGUGGUGGUAUCUGUAAAAGCUUAGUGCCUGUGGAAGAUUUCCUAAAAGGUAAAGUGAAGAAGCCAGAGUGUAAAGGUGGGCUUGGCUCAGUGUCGGCAGGACAGCCGGGCCACACCUGCUGGGAGAAGGGGGUUUCUGGUCUAGGAGGGGGUGGCAUAGCAGGUGGUGACUGGGAGUGUCGUAACUGCCACAGUGUGUGUCACCACGGUGAUGGUGGAGGAGGUGGCACAUGUCAAGCUGGUGGAGUUGGGGGGAGCAGCAGUCGCCCCAGCUCCGCUACCUGCAAACGCUCUGACUCCUGUAAGAUGCAGCCAGGCAACCUUUACAACAUCAGCGAGGAUAACAACAUGAUGUUCCCUGGAGGGAAGAGUAGUGUAGGAACCAGCCAAGCACAAACUCAGGCACAGCGCAGGAAGCUAGGGCCAGGUGGGAGGGUGUUACGGAGGCAACACUCAUAUGACACAUUUGUGGACCUGCAGAGGGAGGGGGCAGGGCGCAUGGGAGGGGUUGGUGGGGGCAUGGGGGGACAGUUUCCCCAGCCCCGAAGUGUGAGCUUGAAAGACAAAGAUCGCUUCAUGGAGGGCCCCAGCCCUUACGCUCACAUGUUUGAGAGGUAUGCAGGUGAAAGGGAGUCUCCCGUGUUUGGAGGCAUAGGUGGGGAUAGGGCAAAAGGAGGCUCCUCCUUCAGUCUGUUUCGUGGAGGCGAAGGUGGGUUGCAUCGUCGGUCAGUGGGGGAGAGGGACCUAAGGGAAAGAGAUAGAGCUAUGAUGGGAGGAGGGGGCGGUGGUGGUGGUGGUAGCAGAGGGGCCGGGACUUACUCCUUGUCUAAAUCUCUCUACCCAGAUAAGGUGAACCAGAACCCCUUCAUCCCAACCUUCGGCGACGACCAGUGUCUAUUACACGGUGCCAAACCGUACUACAUCAAAAAGCCACAGACACAGCAGCAGCAGCAACAACUUCUCAACAACAGCCGAGGAGGAGGGGACUUCCACGGCUCCAUGGGAGUGACUUCCUAUUUGCCCGCAUCAGCCACAGCUGGGGUGAUGUCCAAUGUGGUCCCCAGGUUCCCCAAAGAGCUUUGUCUGGGCGGGGUGGGAGGGCCCAUGGGGAACCAUCAUGGGGCCAACAAGCUUCUGCCUGCGGGCAGGGACACAUUAGGUUUGGGGCAGGGACAUAGACCCUUCAACGGUGCCAGCAAUGGACAUGUUUAUGAAAAGCUCUCCAGCAUUGAGUCAGAUGUCUGAGGAUGAAGAUGGAGGAAGAAAGAGAGAGGGAGAGAAAAUGAAGUGGGUGAAGAAAAGGAGGGGGGCGGAGAGAAACGUACAGAAGCAAAAAAAGAAAAACAGCUCAGGCUGAUGACCUCUCUGUUUGUGGGAAUGAGAAGACACAAAACUGUGUGUUGUUCUCACUCCACUUAACAGCAAGAAUUUGGACAAUGCACAGAGGCCACUGCAGGCUAAGCUGUCGUGAAGUCCGGCUGGAGACAAGUUUUUAAUGAGAAGAGAGGAUUCUGGUGCUGCUAUGAUGCUCAGAGAAAGAUAGGGAGGGAUGGAAGGAGGGAGGAAGGGAGGGAGGGAGGGGAAAAACGUGAAAUAAAAUCUCCAGUCUCCUCACAUGCUCAUUGUCUUUCCCUCCCUCCUGCAGUUCCUUGACACCAAAACAAAAGGUUUUGUUUAGCAACAGAAUUACAAUCAUGAAUGAGAAAAUCGUCACUUCUGUUGAAGUAACAGGGUAAACUAAUAAUAAUUGUAUUGAUAAUGUUGAUAUUGACUAUUAUUCUAGUGUUUACUGAUGAUUGGUUUGCAUUGUUUUAACGUUUUAUUCAUUUAUUUAAAUAGUUCAUGUUACAUAUUUGUAUGAUGUUAAUUCUUUCUUAGCUUACCAAUAUUACAGGAGACUGGUCAGUAUGACUUUUUUUGGGGUUCCUGUAAUUUGGACUCUUCUUUGCUAUUAAUUCUUCAUGUUUGAUUUUUUUUACUUUUCUUAUUUUGAGUGCUGUGAAAGUUUAUGUGAAAGGCAUGACUUGCUGAGUACAUUCUAUGUACUUGUGAUUUUGCAAAGCAGGUUUUUCUUUCAGCUGCAGAAGCAACAUCAUCAUACUGAUUUGCCGUUUGCUAUCAUUUUUCUGCUUGGCAGUACCAAAUGGGUCACACAUUUUGAGCUGGAUGUGCCUUAAAGGAUCAAUACUGAUUUUCUACGCUUAAGAUCUCUUUUGUUGGUUGACAGAUCCAAUUACAAACAGUUAGUCAAUUGAUUUGAGUGAAAAGAUAACUGAAAUAAUCUGAUAGGAGCACAGAACUUCAUGAGCAUAACAAGUUUUAAACAUGUACCAGAUGUUACAGUUAAGUAAAACCCCAAAACUGCUGCAGUCGAGGAAGCUUAAAUUCCUACAACGACCCCCCAACAAUAGAUGUAACCAAAAGCAGGAUUACAAGGGUUAAAACCACAGUGCCGUGAUAAAUAAACAUUCCUGUUCCCCCCCCAAAAGUCAGGUAUGACAGAGCCUGCUGCUGUAUGUGAAUAAAUAACACUUAAAUGAAUUGUAAAUGCUUCUUCUAGUACUAUUAACUCCACAGUUGAUCCAAUUGCAAGACAAUUUCCUUUAAUCCAUUUACCAGAAAAAAGCUAAACAGGCAUUUAUCACUCCUCACCAACUAUCCAUUAAAUACAAGUAAAUAACAUUUAAUGUCCACUUGUUGCUCUAAAGGCUUUUCAUCUCACUUAAUUGACCAUGACAGUUGUGCUGUUCAGGACCUGGACAAUGGACUCGGCAUGUAACUCUGUAGCUGGGAUGAGCAGCCUGACACGUUAUCUAUUUCAUGAUUGCGGCUUUAAGCCCUGCCGGCUCUAUUAGAUGGUCUGGUCAAGAGGGACAAUAACAGGCUCUUCAACUUCAACCCCACCUGUACAAAUAAUCAUCUCAUCAUUUGGUCUUGCAGUUGAUCAUAAUUUACAAUUCUCUCCUGUAUUUUUCCUUAAAUAAGAUUUUCACUCACUGCACAGCUACUGAAUAGUCUCCCCCUGCCAGUAAAUGAAUAGUUCAACAAUUUGGGAAUUAUCUUAUUAGCUUUUUUGCAUUGAGCAAGUGGGUGGAUUUUCUUACCUACAGACAGAACCAGACUAGCUCUCCAUGUUUUGUGUGCAAAACUAAGGUUACCAGCUUUAUUUAACAAACAGAUACAAGACUUUGUGACUGAUCUUCUCCUCUCGCUCCAUGCAAAAAGCUAAUUGUCUGUUUAGCUUAGCUUAGCAUAAAAACAGGAACAGAGCUAGCCACCUACAACACAGCCCUGAAGCUCACUAAUUGACAUAUUAUAUUUAAUGUGUUUAAUCCAUUCAAAAGCAACAGUGAAAUGUUGUGGUUUUAAUGAGGUUGUGUAGGCUACCAGCCUUUGUUAGGCAGAUUAUCUCACCAAUGGACAGGCAGGCUAGCUUUUUCCCCCAGUUUCCAAUCUUUAUGCUAAGCUAAGCUAAGCUAGCCGGCUGCUGCCUGUAACUUCAUAUUUAAUGGGAGAGAUAAGAAUGUGGUUUCAAUCAGCUCAUCUGCCUCUCAGCAAGACAAUUGAUAAGUGUAUUUCUCAAAAUGUCAAAAUAUUCCUUAAAGCUACUGUGUUGUGGUCCUAACAGGAAACUAUCAGUCAAUCAGUCUGCGCAGUUAGUAAUCCUUUCUCCCACCAUGUUGCUCAAACCCACAUUUUCACCAAACAGAACACAAAUCAUAAUCUCUGUACUGUCACCUUUGAUUUCUCCCUCCAAUGGACCAUGAUCUGUUUCACAUGCUGAGAUUCUGAUGAAGGGAAGAAUUUGCCCUCAAGUCUAAGGUCCUGUGUGGAUUGUGUCAACAACAGAAAGUUAACAGCAUCCUAAAAGCAGGCUCAGUAAAAAGCAUUGCCUUUGUUACCAUUGGGGAUUGUAGUUUGAUCAACGAUUAAAAUAUCUAAGUUAAGUUACGUUAAUAUAUAAGACAACUAUUCUCCAUUUUCAGUUAUUUACUGUCACUUAAACUUGACUUAAAAUUGUCUUGCUAAAUCAAAUUUUAAUAUCCAAGCACAAUCUGACUGAAUGAUCUAACAUUCAGUUUGUUGUACAUCCCAGUCAAACCUUCAGUAGACUUUCCUUCUCUUGGUUGACAAGUCAGUAUGUAUGAUACUAAGGGUUUUAUAAGGACUUGCAUGUAUACUCUUAGUUUUUUCUUCAUUUCUGUUUUUUAAUCUUAACUUUUAGCCCCCAGAAAAAGGGGCCCUUUUGAACGAUACUCUGAGUUUUAUCAAUUUCGUUGGUACUGAUGAUCCAUGUAGUACUGUAAGAGUGUGUGUGUGUGUGUGUGUGUGUGUGCGUGUGUGUGUGUGAGUGUGUGUGUGUGUGUGUGUGCUUGUUUGUGCAAGAGAAGACACAAAUCUAUCAGUCUAAAUUUUGGUUAUACUCAAUUGAAUAUGGCAAAAUUGAUUUUUGAAAUUGAAAAUUUUUCACUAGGAUAAAAAUAUUUGUAAUGUUAAUGUUAUACAAAGAUCAAUUUUCUUGAUAGGUUGUGUAAAUGGUUUUUAAAAAGGUUGAGGUCUUAAUACAUUCAUUGUCACUGAAGAAGCCUUUUUGUUUUUCAUUUCUACUUUUCAUUCUUUGAAUAUAUCUCAUUUUUUCAGUUAUUGUAUGUGCCUGAAUACAUACGCUUGAUUACCUCUGUGAGUGCUCAUAUGGAAGAGAGACAGUGUGUGAGAUAUUACUGUUUAUUGUACAUGUAUUAUAAAAAACUGUGUGUAAAUACUUUACCUCACGCUCAUGGAAUUUUGAUAAAAACUGUACAAAACGGCAGAGUCUAGAUCUCUUUGGGAUAAAUCUUUGAUUCGUAGGUCCCCUUGCAAAAUUGCUUUUGUAACAAUUUCAGGCCAGGAUAUGUGCAAUCAUUUAUUAUCACAGACACAUAAGUAAAGUUUGUUCUUAUUUCCUUUUUGAUUUGAUCAAAAACAAGCUUUGACCGUUGUUGUUUAUUUUUUCUUAAAGGAAUUCAAAAUUGUAGAGCAUCAUCAUUAAUUGGUACACAGGAAGCACAAUAGAUUAUCAAUUACAUUUUUACAGAAGUACUCUAUCUUUCCUCUUUCUAUCUUCUGUUAAUUUGUUUGUUUUUGGGGGUUUGUAUGUUUUUUGCCGCAGAAGAUUGAACGACAUCCCUGAGCUGUACAGAUUGUGAAAAAUGUACAUACAACAAAAAUCUAGUUCACCCUCACAUUUUUUGUAUGAAGAGAAAUAACUUGUGUGAAGAAAGUAUUUCAAAUUUGAUUGAAUAUUUAGUAAUAUUGAAAAUGAGAUUAAACACAGUCGGUGUGAAAAAUAAGUUCUGGGAUAUAUUAUUCUUCUGUCUCUUUGGAAUAAAAGUGUUGAGUAUUAAUAAAAAACAAGAACACUCAA